UGAGCUGAUAAGCAAAAGUGUAGGUGGGGCAGGAAGCAUGUACUGUAAGGACACUGACUUAAAGUUUACUUAUAUACAGCAGGGAGAGAAAGAGAGUCUUUGUGUCCUUCAUCAGGGACGUGUCCUGGGUCUUAUCGAGUGGCUUGAGCCACUGCCCAUUUGUCUUCACAGUCCGAAGGUGUUUUUUUUUUACUCCACUCCAGGUUUUACCUUUCUUACUCACUCCCAAACAGCUGCAGCAAAGGUUCAAGCUCCAGUCUUGUUUUUUUUUUUACUUCAGAUAUCCCGAGAGGCCAACAGUGUUACAUAACAUCUGUGUUGCUGGAGCAUUGCUGUCCAACCUCAUGCUCUGUUCACACAGAUACUACUCUGUGAGCAGCACAUUUACUCUGUCUGUGUGAUCACUCCUGCUUUUGAAUUCAACAAUCAUCAUGAUCUCUCACACACUUUUUGGCUAUAUGGACUUGGCUGGUUGGCUCUUGGUUGUUUUUUUUUUGUUACUUUUGAUUGAUGUGGUUAAAAACUGGAGGCCCAGAAACUUUCCCCCUGGACCCUGGGCUGUGCCUUUUCUAGGAAACAUCUUCACCGGCGUUGACUUCAAAACAAUGGAGAAGCUUGCUGAGGAGUACGGCCCAGUGUUCAGCUUGAGAAGAGGCAGCCAGAGGCUGGUGUUUGUUUCUGGAUACAAGAUGGUCAAAGAGGCUCUUGUGAACCAGUUGGACUCCUUUGUUGAUCGACCUAUUGUCCCUCUCUUCAAUGUUGUCUGGAAAGGCCUUGGCAUCGCUUUGAGCAAUGGUUACCUGUGGAAGAAACAGAGGAAGUUUGCCUACACUCACCUACGUUACUUCGGAGAAGGGCAGAAGUCACUGGAGAAAUCUAUCGAGGUGGAAUGUAGCUUAAUUUGUGAUGCCUUCAAAGACGAACAAGGACAACCAUUCAACCCUCACUACACUAUAACCAGUGCAGUGAGUAAUAUCAUCUCCUGUGUAGUCUUUGGACAUCGCUUUGAGUACAGUGAUCCAACCUACCGUAAAGUUCUAGAACUGGACAAUGAGGCCGUAGUACUUGCUGGUUCUGCUCGUACUCAGUACCUGCCUGGACCUCAUCAGACUGUUCAUGCCAACUAUUUUGAGAUCUUAAGUUUCUUAAGGAAAGAAAUUGAAAAGCACCAGGAGGAGUGGAACCCAGAUGACCCUCGAGAUUACAUUGACGUGUACCUGUCAGAGAUGGAAAAAAAAAAAUCAGAUCCUCAGGCUGGAUUUAACAUUAAAAAUCUGCAAAUUUGCACCAUUGAUCUGAUCGAGGCUGGAACUGAAUCAGCUGCCACUACUUUACGCUGGGGCCUUGUAUUUAUGAUGAACUAUCCACAUAUCCAAGAGAAAGUCCAAGCAGAGAUCGACAGAGUGAUCGGACAGUCUCGUCAGCCCACCAUGGCCGACAGACCCAACCUGCCCUACACUGAUGCUGUCAUCCAUGAGGUCCAGAGGAUGGGAAACAUUGUUCCCUUGGGAUUCCCCAAAAUGUCCAGUAAAGACACAAUACUGGGAGGAUACUUCAUACCCAAGGGUACAAGUACUACGACAAUUCUUUCAUCUGUGUUGUUUGAUAAGAAUGAGUGGGAGACUCCAGAUACCUUUAAUCCUGAGCAUUUCUUGGAUUCAAACGGUCAGUUCCUUAGGAGAGAGGCCUUCUUUCCAUUUUCAGCAGGUAAACGUGUGUGUUUAGGGGAGCAACUGGCCAGAAUGGAGCUGUUUCUUUUCUUUACAUCACUCCUCCAGCGCUUCACCUUCCGUCCUGUCCCGGGGGAAAUGCCCAGCUUGGAGGGUGUGCUGGGCUUCACUCAGUCCCCCAAGGCCUUCAGGACUCUUGCUGUGGCUCGCUGAUGUUCACCCCAACUUUUAGUGAAAAGCAUCUCCACCUUUUUUAGAUUACUAAAUCAAAGUGUGGCUAUUGUGGAAAAUAUUAAAAGGCAUAAGGCCUAGCAGCAUAACAGUGCCACCUUAAGUAUUUGACUUCAGAAUAAACCAAAUGUAACAGACCUUGUUUGUGAGGACUGUAUAUACAGUAGAUAAAUUUGUAGUUUACAGCACCUGUGAACUAAAACAAAAGCAUGAGACGAUGACAGCAGUCCUCUCUCCUCCUCCGCUUCAGUCAGACUUUUAUUACUCAAUUUUGUAAUUGGACUUAAAUCAAAUAAAUCAAAACCACACUGCAGUUACUGUCCCAAAUUACUUGUUUCAUAUGCAAAAUAAAAUACAUUUUCUUCAUUCUGCUGAUUGUCAGCAUAAACAAUUGCACCACUAAGUACUAAAAUAAACCACUACCUUACUUGGCAUGUCACUCAGUCUGCUUCAUCUAAAGCAAAAUGUUGAGUCUGGUGAAAGCAUGAAUAUUCAAAAAAACUAAUUACAAUAACCAAUGUACAGACAUACAAAGGUUAGAAACAAACAUUUUCUAACAUAUUUUAACAUAGUAGGAGCCACAGAAUGGAGGUAGAAGUCUGAAGAGAUGCCAACAGGCAUGCGAUAGCCAGGCUAACCUAGCUAAUUUAGCUGUGCUAUACGGGCUACCUCAUGUUCGAGUCGAACGCAGUACAGUACAUUUGCCAAACAAUAACCUGGGGGGAUACAUAUCAUUGCCAACCAACAAUGAUUUUCGGAUGCACAUAUGUGCCUUUUGUGCUUCUAUUGACCUGUAAACGAAAACAAAAGCAUGAGACGGUGACAGCAGUCCAAUUCUUUGAUAUCAAACCAUACCAUAUCAUGUUGUUUUACACAUACAGUACAUGUACAUACACUAUGGCCACACAACACAGUGCGUCACACAAAAAGCUUCUUUUAAGUUUUAAAAAUGUACAGGUUAUGUGUCUUUGUUAGAUAAUUAGCUGAGGCCCUUUGUCGUUGCAGACUUAGUUUCUUAGUAGUUGAGUGACAAUACACUUUAAUACUUGUGUGCCAGUUUAAAAUUGACAAUACUACACCAUAAACAAUAUCCGAGAAUUUGCAUCAUAUUUUGGGAGAAAUGACAAAAACACUUGGGUUGUGUUGACGUGUUGAAAGCAAUAACUGCAAAAGGAUAUGGGGUGCCCUUUUAACAUUUAACAUUUAACAUUUACAUUUCGAUUUUUUCACAUUUAACUAAAUGUGAGAAAACAUGUUGUGUCAUUUAGUUCAAUGUGAAAAAAAUAGUUAUAGGUGCUCCUUUUACAUUCGACACCCCAAUAUAGUAAUUGCUAUAGUGAUUGGAAAUGUUCAUCGUUGUUGCUUCAUCUUCAGUAUGGUUCAGAGGAUGAACAGAGGAACCAUCAAUUAAAAACACAUUGUAACUAUUGCAUAUCCUUUGUUUUUAAUAGUGAUAUAAUUGUAUUUCUUUUUUGUUUAACGUUUACUAAAUUUGAGUUGUGUUUACUAAAUGUGAAGAUUGAUUAUUACAUACAAGAUCCCUCAGUGAAAAAGAGCAGCGAAGCUAAUGAGCAAAAGUUGAUUGAUAUUAUCGAUAAUAAUCGAUGACAGAAUGAUCGAUAAUGAUUUUACGCUAUUGAUUAGUUGGGCUGCUCAUUUUAUGGCAUAGCAUGACAGCAAAAAAACGCAGCCGCAAUGCAUUUUGGGUGUUGUAGGAUAUGACCAUUUUCUUCCACAAUACAUACAGUAUUACUGCA